GCCCGAUGCAAGGGCAGAAUCGUACCAACGGCCCAUCGCCUGGUCCCCGCUCCGAGAUUGUCUGCGAACAUUUUUUUACCCUCAGUUGAUGGCCAUCGACCCAUUCCCCUCUCCUCUGAUUUACCAUGACCCGAGCCCGACAAAUACCGGUCCAGUUCCCUCCUAAUCCACUCACUUGAUCAAUUCCACCCCGACUAAGCGCUACGUUUACGAGAUAUACUUGUUGCCUCCUCGAUCCCUCAACUACCCCUGAUAACCUCCCCACGAUGUCCGACAGUGUAUUGCAGGCAUCGAACGAGCAGCGGCGACGGCUGAAUCAUGAAGCAGAUGUGGUAGUUGUUGGUGCGGGCAUAUUUGGUUGCGCUGCUGCGUUCGCGCUCGCGAAGCAAGGUCGAAGUGUGCUUCUCCUUGAGCGGUGGUUGAAGGAACCGGAUCGUAUAGUAGGAGAGUUAUUGCAACCCGGUGGUGUUUCUGCUCUGGAGAAGCUUGGUCUUGCACAUUGUCUCGAAGGCAUUGACUCAAUUACCGUCAAGGGAUACGAGGUGAUAUACUAUGGGCAGGGAGUUGAGAUUCCAUAUCCUAUGAAUGCUGGUGCAGCGAAUGGCGACACGCAGGAAUAUACGAACGAGAAGGGAGGCAGACCAGAAGGAAGGGCUUUCCACCAUGGUCGAUUCAUCACUCAACUACGAAAAGCUUGCGCAAGUCAACCGAAUAUAACUAUUGUCGAAACUGAGGUCACGGACACAGUUACUAGCACACACAACCCACAAGUCCUUGGCGUUGUCUCGAGGACGUUGAACCCGGCAACGGGAGAGAAGGAGGAUGACUUCUAUUUCGGACAGCUCACCAUCGUCGCCGAUGGGUACGCAUCGAAGUUCCGGAAGCAGUACAUUGGCAAAUCGCCAAUUGUCAAGAGCAAAUUCUACGCGCUUGAACUGAUCGAUUGCCCUCUACCUUCUCCAAAUCAUGGGACUGUCGUACUCGGCGAUGCAGCACCCGUUCUGCUCUACCAAAUCGGUACUCACGAAACGCGUGCGCUGAUCGAUGUUCCUGAGCACUGCCCAACCGCUUCUGUCGAGGUUGGAGGCGUGCGAGGCCACAUGAGAAAUGUUAUUCUUCCUUCACUGCCCAAGCAAGUACAGCCCUGCUUCGAGAAGGCUCUUGAGGAUGGCAAAAUCCCUCGAAGUAUGCCCAACAGCUUCCUUCCACCCACCACGCAACUGGAGAAGGGAAUAGUGAUUCUCGGGGAUGCAAUGAACAUGCGUCACCCCUUGACUGGUGGUGGAAUGACUGUUGCAUUCAACGAUGUUGUCUUGCUCUCAAGAUUAUUAGCUCCCGAGCGAAUUCCAAAUCUCGGCGAUACGGCAGCUAUUCAGAAGGCAAUGAAAGAGUUCCACUGGAAGCGCAAGCGCCUGUCAUCCAUCAUCAACAUCCUCGCAAUGGCGCUGUAUAGCCUGUUCGCCGCCAACGAUCGCCAGCUCAAAUCUCUACAAAAAGGAUGCUUCGAAUAUUUCCAGAAAGGUGGCAACUGCAUCGACGGCCCGGUCGGUCUUCUCGCCGGCAUCAUUAGACAGCCCUUUAUCCUAUUUUACCACUUCUUCGCCGUCGCCUUCCUGUCAAUAUGGAUAGUAAUUUCAGAUACCGUGGGUGGUCUUCUGGGACUGUGGAAAUUCCCAGUGGCGAUUGAGCAGAGUCUUCUUGUUUUCUGGAAGGCCUGUGUGGUGAUUUUCCCCUUCAUCUUUAGCGAGAUGCGGAGUUGAAGUGGAUGUUUGAAAGAGAUUUUAGUGUACAUAGUUAUAGUUGCCUUUUAUGGCGAUGAGAUCGUUGUAAGAUACCAAGCAUGGGUUCGGCGUUUUAAAGGGCGCGAGGCAUAAAUGUUACUCAGUAGUCAGUCAGUCAGUCUGGCAAUAAUAUAAUGAUAAUUCGAGAUUGCUUCUGUCCGGCCG